CUCAAUCGGAAAUUGUCUCACAAAUCUAAAUAUCAUAAUCUUGGCACCUUAUUUUCCUUUCUAUUGUACUUUUUGCUUCCCCUCUCUCUCUUUUGCACGCUGAGAGCAAAUCACAAGGCCCUGUGUGUUUGAUCGAAGAAGAAGCCUCACAAGAUGGGGGCGGAAGAGGAUCGCUUCCACAGCCUCAUCUUCACCUACGGAACCCUAAAGCGAGGCUUCUCCAACCACGUCCUCAUACAGGACCUCAUCGCCACCGGUGACGCUACCUUCGUCGCCGUUUGCCGCACCACCGCCCAAUUCCCCCUCGUCUGCGGCCCUUACCGCGUCCCCUUCCUCAUCAACCUUCCAGGCUCCGGCCACCGCGUCUCGGGCGAGCUCUACGCCGUCUCCGCCCGCGGCCUCGGCCUCAUGGACGAGCUCGAGGGCACCAGCCACGGCCACUACGAGCGCCUCCCGAUCGAGAUCGAGGAGGCCGCGGGCGACGGAGAGAGGCGGCGGUGGGUGGAGGCGUACUUCGCGCACAGCAGCUACGCGGCGGAGCUGUGGCGGAAGAGCGGAGAGAGAGGGUACAGCACGUACUCAGAGAAGGAGGCCACCGGGUACGUGAAGAGGAAGGAUCGGCCCCAGAAUCUGAGUUUUCUAGAGCAGAUUCGUUUGUUUGUGGCAUCAUCUUGAUCUUUUCUACGUGCAAUGCAAAGUUCGAAUUUGAAACUUUGAAUUGAAUUAUAUUUCUCGUUUGCUGGAUGUAAUUCAAAAUUUGAAUAUGAAACUUUUAAUGAUUGCUAGAA